AUGGAGAGAGCGAUGGAGCAACUCAACCGCCUCACUCGCUCGCUGCGCCGCGCCCGCACCGUGGAGCUGCCGGACGAUAAUGAAACUGCAGUUUACACAUUAAUGCCAAUGGUUAUGGCUGAUCAACACAGAUCUGUUUCUGAACUACUAUCAAAUUCGAAGUUUGAUGUUAAUUAUGCAUUUGGACGUGUGAAAAGAAGCUUGCUUCACAUUGCAGCAAAUUGUGGAUCUGUGGAAUGCUUGGUUCUGCUGUUAAAGAAAGGAGCAAAUCCGAACUAUCAAGAUAUUUCAGGCUGCACACCACUUCAUUUGGCAGCAAGAAAUGGGCAGAAGAAAUGUAUGAGUAAAUUAUUAGAAUAUAGUGCUGAUGUCAACAUUUGUAAUAAUGAAGGCCUUACAGCAAUACACUGGCUGGCUGUGAAUGGGCGGACAGAACUACUCCAUGACCUUGUACAGCACGUCAGUGAUGUCGACGUUGAGGACGCAAUGGGGCAGACAGCGCUGCAUGUGGCCUGCCAGAAUGGGCACAAGACGACAGUGCAAUGCUUGCUAGACAGUGGUGCUGAUAUUAACAGGCCAAAUGUAUCAGGAGCCACUCCAUUGUACUUUGCUUGCAGUCAUGGUCAGAGAGACACAGCACAGAUUCUUCUAUUACGAGGAGCCAAAUAUCUGCCAGAUAAAAAUGGAGUAACCCCUCUGGAUUUAUGUGUACAAGGUGGAUAUGGAGAGACCUGUGAAGUAUUAAUUCAAUAUCACCCUAGGCUUUUCCAGACAAUUAUUCAAAUGACACAGAAUGAAGAUCUCCGAGAAAACAUGUUACGGCAAGUUCUAGAACAUUUGUCUCAGCAAAGUGAAAGCCAGUACCUAAAGAUUUUAACAAGCCUUGCUGAGGUUGCCACAACAAAUGGUCAUAAACUGCUUAGUCUGUCUAGUAAUUAUGAUGCCCAAAUGAAGAGCCUUUUAAGGAUUGUGAGGAUAUUUUGUCACGUCUUUCGAAUUGGUCCCUCCUCUCCCAGUAAUGGAAUCGAUAUGGGCUACAACGGGAAUAAAACACCAAGAAGCCAGGUGUUCAAGCCUCUUGAAUUGCUUUGGCACUCAUUAGAUGAAUGGCUAGUUUUAAUAGCUACAGAACUGAUGAAAAACAAAAAGAACUCAACGGAUAUCACUUCUAUUUUACUAAAACAAAAAGGCCAAGAUCAAGAUGGUACUUCCAUUCCUCCAUUUGAACCUCCAGGACCUGGGAGCUAUGAAAAUCUAUCCACUGGCACCAGGGAAUCUAAACCAGAUGCUCUAGGAGGGAAACAGGAAGCCGGAGCAGACUGUCAGGAUGUUAUUUCUAUGACAGCUAACCGGCUAAGUGCUGUCAUUCAAGCUUUUUACAUGUGCUGUUCUUGUCAGAUGCCUCCAGGAAUGACCUCACCUCGUUUCAUCGAAUUUGUCUGCAAACACGAUGAAGUCUUAAAAUGCUUUGUUAACAGAAAUCCCAAAAUUAUAUUUGAUCACUUUCACUUCCUCCUUGAAUGUCCUGAGUUGAUGUCAAGAUUUAUGCAUAUCAUAAAAGCACAGCCAUUUAAAGAUCGCUGUGAAUGGUUUUAUGAACAUUUGCACUCAGGACAAGCAGAUUCAGACAUGGUGCAUAGGCCAGUGAGUGAGAAUGACAUCCUGCUGGUUCACAGAGAUUCCAUUUUUAGGAGUAGCUGUGAAGUCGUCUCAAAAGCAAAUUGUGCAAAGCUAAAGCAAGGAAUUGCUGUACGGUUCCAUGGAGAAGAAGGCAUGGGUCAAGGUGUUGUGCGUGAAUGGUUUGAUAUUCUGUCUAAUGAAAUAGUCAAUCCUGAUUAUGCAUUGUUUACCCAGUCAGCUGAUGGAACAACUUUUCAGCCUAAUAGCAACUCCUAUGUAAAUCCUGACCACCUGAACUAUUUCCGUUUUGCUGGACAGAUCUUGGGAUUAGCUUUGAACCAUAGGCAGCUGGUCAACAUUUACUUCACAAGAUCAUUCUAUAAGCACAUUCUUGGAAUUCCUGUAAAUUACCAAGAUGUGGCAUCUAUUGAUCCAGAAUAUGCCAAGAAUUUGCAGUGGAUUUUAGAUAAUGAUAUUAGUGAUCUGGGUCUAGAGCUGACUUUUUCUGUUGAGACUGAUGUAUUUGGAGCAAUGGAAGAGGUGCCUUUGAAACCUGGGGGUGGAAGUAUUCUGGUGACACAAAAUAACAAAGAGGAGUAUGUUCAGCUUGUUACAGAACUUCGAAUGACAAGAGCCAUUCAACCACAGAUCAAUGCUUUUCUCCAAGGCUUUCAUAUGUUCAUUCCACCUUCCCUCAUACAACUGUUUGAUGAAUUUGAGUUGGAGCUACUGCUUUCUGGCAUGCCAGAAAUUGAUGUGAGUGAUUGGAUAAAAAAUACAGAAUACACAAGUGGCUAUGAAAGACAAGAUCCAGUUAUUCAGUGGUUCUGGGAAGUUGUGGAAGACAUUACUCCAGAGGAGAGAGUGCUUCUCCUGCAGUUUGUUACUGGCAGUUCCAGGGUCCCACAUGGUGGAUUUGCUAAUAUCAUGGGUGGAAGUGGAUUGCAAAACUUUACAAUCGCUGCUGUGCCAUAUACUCCAAAUCUUCUACCAACUUCAAGCACCUGCAUCAACAUGCUCAAGUUACCUGAAUACCCAAGUAAAGAAAUACUCAAGGACAGACUUCUUGUGGCACUGCAUUGUGGCAGCUAUGGCUACACGAUGGCAUAG